UGUUAACAACUUUAACCAAACAGCCACCGCUCACGGAAAAUCCAACACUCAAACAAAACACAAACCUAACAAAUCAAGGCGAGUUCGGAGAUUCUAAAUUUCCGAAUUUCAAAUCAUCCAAAACCGAAACAUAAAACAUAAAUCUCUAAACAAAUCGCGUUCAGUAUUAAAGAAAAAGCAUUGUUGUGAGUGCUCAAGAGUUAAACAAUUGCAACAAGUUGUUGUUCUCUAUUCGAUUCGUUCUAUGCGGAAACGGAAGCCGGUCGACAACGCUGCGUAUGUGUAAUAUUUUUGCCAAACGGUUGACAACACGGCGAAUGUGCAUUAAAUUAUACUUCGCCUUCUUGAGAGAACUAUUCGUUUAGUUUGGUGGACAACGCUGCGUAUGAGUGUUAUAGUUAAAUGUACGCCAAUUUCGAGUUACUUUUGAGAGAGACCCAUAGAUAUUUUUGAAAUCGAAAGUUUUGCUAAAAUUUUUUUAAAAAACGCAUUAGCACGUGCUGAAGAACAAUAAUAAUCAUCUUUUGCAUGAGGCUCGGUCGCGUGUGUGUAUCUGUGUGUAAAGUGUAAGCAACGUCCUUGUGCCUCCUACUACAACAAAAUCCAAACAUACACCUAUACGGGUAUGCAUAUAUAGAUAUAGAUAUAGCGAACCAAGUUAUAUACUAUAGCGUGCGUAAGUCGUUACGUCGCUUACGUCGUCACUUGGCCACUGCGCAAACGCCGGAAAAAAAAGGCGAGCGAACGAGCAAGCGAGGGAAAAAGGCAAGUUCAAGUCUAAGGACACACAACAACAACGGACAGCUGUGGCAAGGACGAGGAAAAUGAAGCCCGAUUAUAACUAUUGCAAUCAGAGUUACUGCGCGAGAAAGGAGCGGAUCAUUGCGAUAGCCAACUGAAUUGAGGGAUAAAUCGCCAAAACAAUCUGACCGCCGUGCUGGAUCACCAGCGCCGUUCAGGGCGCCAAACAGGUGCCUAUAUAGAAACUAUAUCUAAUCUGUGUUGUCCUGAGUGUGUUCGUUCUAUGUUUUGUCUGUGUCUGUUUGUGUGUGCUUGUGUGUGUGCAUUUGUGUCUUUGUCAUCAUCAUCAUUUUUGGGUUCUUUAACGAGGAAUCGUGAUCUAUAAUGCGCGAUCGCCUCGCCUCGCUGAUUGUGGUGAAGCAAGAGGGCGGCAGCAAUACGAGCAUCAGCCAUCAUCAUCAUAUUGGCCACCAUCAUCAGGCAUCGGCCAUCAAGUGUGAGGCUUCGCUGUACGAGAGCGGUUUGUUUCAGGAGAUCAACAAUAACUCCUGCUACCGACAAAAUCUAAAUACUCCAGCACAACAACAACAACAACAAGAGCAACAUCAGCAUAUAUCGCACAACCAAGAACAACACAACGCACAGCAACAACACACACACCAGCAACACCUUUUGCCGCCGCCAUUGCCGCCCUUGAUUUAUCCCUGCCGCAAUCUAUUUCCCGACGGUUGCGAUAUCAAUCACCUGACCUGCUGCAGUUCCUCCAACUCGACCAACUCCACCUCCACCUCCGCCGUCGAUUCACCCAACAACCGACACUUUUUUGCCAAUGGAAGCACGUGUGCAGCAGCAAUAACAGCAACAUCAGCAGCAACAACAUCAACAUCAGCCACUGAGUCGCGGAAAAUAAAAGCACACGUUGCGGGGAAAUUGAAAAGCGAGAAAACUGACAGCAACAGCGACAACAGUCAGGCAGCAGCAACAGUAGCUGCCAGCACCGCAGCAACAUCUGCGACAGCGACGACAAUUGCUGUUACAGCAGCAACAUCAGCAGGAUCGGGCGGUGCUGCAGCAGCAACAGCAACAACAACAACGGUAGCGGCGACAGCAGCAAUCCACACAACAAAAAUCAGCCAAGUGAGGCUAAAUAACCAAGCGACAACAAGCAUGUUACUUUUGCAACCCAAUAGCUCCUUUAGUUCAUUGUCGCCCUUCGAUAAUUUCUCCACGCAAACCGCUACGACGACAACCACAACGUCGGCAUCGGCAGCUGGACACCACCAACACCACCUCCUCCAUCAGCAGCAUCACAACCAACAGCAGCAGCAACAGCAACACCAGCAGCAGCAACUGCAACAGCAACUGCAGCAGCAGCAGCAGCAACAGCAACAGCAGCAACAGCAACACCAGCAACUUGUUAGCCCGCAGCAACAUCUGCUGAAAACGGAGACGCUGCUCUCCCAUGAGGAGGAUCAGUUGAUCAGCAAUCUGACCGACGCGUCUGUCGUUUCCCACAGCGAACUCUUCUCGGAUCUCUUCUUCCCCUCGGACUCGAACAACUCCCUGCUCUCCCCCACGACCAGUGGCUAUCCGGACAAUCCCGCCGAGGACCUCACCAGCUCCAUUGAGAAUCUCACAAAGCUAACUUGCCUGCGGGACAAGCGACUCUCCUCGAUUCCCGAGCAGCAACUAAGUUCCGAGCAGGAGCAGCAGCUCUGUCUGCUGAGUCUGCGUUCCAGCAGCGAUCCGGCUAUUGCAUUGCAUGCCCAGCAGCAGCAGCAACAGCAACAGCAACAGCAACAGCAGCAACAGCAACAGCAACAACAGCAGCAGCAGCAACAACUCCAGCUGAUCUCGCCCAUUGGAGGGCCAUUGUCCUGCGGCAGCAGCUUGCCCAGCUUCCAGGAGACCUACUCCCUGAAGUACAACAGCAGCAGUGGGAGCAGCCCCCAGCAGGCCUCCUCCUCCUCCACCGCCGCCCCCACGCCCACUGACCAGGUGCUCACCCUCAAGAUGGACGAGGAUUGCUUCCCACCCUUGUCCGGCGGUUGGAGUGCCAGUCCACCGGCUCCCUCGCAACUGCAACAGUUGCACACGCUGCAAACCCAGGCUCAAAUGUCGCAUCCCAACAGCAGCAACAACAACGGCGGCAAUGGCAACAACAACAGCAAUAACAACAACAACAGUGGGGGCUACAACUACCACGGGCACUUCAAUGCCAUCAACGCCAGUGCUAAUCUCUCCCCGAGUUCCUCGGCCAGUUCCCUCUAUGAAUACAAUGGCGUCUCGGCCGCCGACAACUUCUACGGGCAGCAGCAGCAACAGCAGCAGAGCUACCAGCAACAUAACUACACCUCGCACAAUGGCGAGCGCUACUCGUUGCCCACCUUUCCCACAAUCUCCGAACUGGUAGCUGCCACGGCGGCAGUGGAAGCGGCAGCGGCGGCCAACAUCUCCUCCGCCUCGGUGGGCGGUCCUCCUCCAGUGCGUAGAGCUUCGCUGCCCGUUCAGCGGACUGUCUCCCCCGCUGGCUCCUCGGCCCAGAGCCCCAAGCUGGCCAAGAUCACGCUGGGCCAGCGGCACAGCCAUGUCCAUCCUCUCCAGCUGAGCUCGGCUCCCAAUUCGGCGGCCAGUUCCCCAGCGAGUGCGGAUCUCCAGGCGGGCCGACUGCUCCAGGCUCCAUCCCAGUUGUGCGCCGUUUGUGGCGACACCGCCGCCUGUCAGCAUUACGGAGUGCGAACCUGCGAGGGUUGCAAGGGAUUCUUCAAGCGGACCGUCCAGAAGGGAUCCAAGUACGUCUGCCUUGCGGACAAGAACUGUCCGGUGGACAAGCGGCGUCGCAAUCGCUGUCAGUUCUGUCGCUUCCAAAAGUGUUUGGUCGUGGGAAUGGUCAAGGAAGUGGUGCGCACGGAUUCGCUGAAGGGACGACGAGGAAGACUGCCCUCCAAGCCGAAAUCCCCGCAGGAAUCGCCGCCAUCGCCACCCAUCUCACUGAUCACAGCCCUGGUUCGAAGCCAUGUGGAUACCACGCCGGAUCCCUCGUGUCUGGAUUAUAGCCACUACGAGGAGCUAUCGAUGAGCGAGGCGGACAAGGUGCAGCAGUUCUACCAACUGCUGACCAGUUCGGUGGAUGUGAUCAAGCAAUUUGCCGAGAAGAUUCCCGGCUACUUUGAUCUCCUGCCGGAGGAUCAGGAGCUGCUCUUCCAGAGCGCCUCGCUGGAGCUGUUCGUCCUGCGGUUGGCCUACCGCGCCAGGAGCGAUGACACCAAGCUGAUCUUCUGCAACGGCACUGUGCUCCAUCGCACUCAGUGUUUGCGAUCCUUCGGCGAGUGGCUCAACGACAUUAUGGAGUUCAGCCACAGUCUGCACAACCUGGAGAUCGACAUCUCCGCCUUCGCCUGCCUCUGCGCCCUCACUCUGAUCACAGAACGCCAUGGCCUGCGGGAGCCAAAGAAGGUGGAGCAGCUGCAGAUGAAGAUCAUCGGCAGUCUGCGGGAUCAUGUCACCUACAAUGCGGAGGCCCAGAAGAAACAGCACUACUUCAGCCGCCUGCUGGGCAAACUUCCCGAACUGCGAUCCCUCAGCGUUCAGGGAUUGCAGAGGAUCUUCUACCUGAAGCUGGAGGAUCUCGUACCGGCGCCAGCUCUCAUCGAGAACAUGUUCGUCACCACAUUGCCCUUCUAAAUCGCAAUCGAGCGAUCGAGCGUAUCAUCACAACUUUGCUUCCUUACAAGUAGAUUUAAGCCAAGCCCCUUAAGAUACAUAUAAUAGGAAUGACCGAAACUAGCUUUAGUAUAGAACCCUGAAAUAAAUAAAUCUCACGCAAAAACAAAA